UUUAGAUUUAUGGGAUGCAACGUUGGCUUAUCAUUUUUUCGUAGCUUUAAUAGCUUUUAAAUAAUAGUAAUAAUAAAUUACUUUGCAUGUUUAUGAAGAUGAUGACAUAUAUCUAAACAUCUAUUUGAAUUCAGAAAAAUGAAUUUGAAUAUUCGGAAAAUAGUUGCUUUACUUUUCUUUAUUGUUUAUAAUGUUUUUCCUGCUGACUGUCAAGAAGUUGAAUCCGAUUUCGGUCAUAAUUAUGAUUUCCGUAAAUUAAUUGAGAAGGCGGUGGAAUUUAAUAAUAUAUCUGAAAGCUUAAAAUUGUUUUCCAAAGAAGAUUUAGAAAUUAUACAUGGCAUCGAAAAAGUGCUUCCGAAUUCGAUCCAGCCAAUGUUGCUAAAUUUGCUGUCCCAUUCGGCUUCAGACAAAUGUAAUCGAGAUUUGGAAUAUAUGCAAGAAAGUUACACCACUCCUUGGGGAAUGAAAAUGCUGGACUCGUAUGGAAAGCCUGGAAGUGGAAUUUUGCAAGGGAAUGUGAGAUGGCUCGGAGACUACGACGAAUGUCUCGAUAUUCGAGCUCCUCCUAAAGAAAAUACCGAUGUAGGGAACUUUCGGGGGAAGUAUUGCAGUCUUCAAAUUCCCUUGAAAUUGGGAGCUUUGUCCCUUCCUGUAUCUAUGGCUGUGUGUCUGCCUGAUUCGUGCAGUCCAAAUGGAACAGUACUACUUCGAGAUGCUAAUAUGGAUGGCAUACUAUCAGGUUUUGACCAAAGAAUUGGACCAUUUCUCUCAGAUGCAACACUGUCUUGUAAAGCUACGUCAAAAAAAUGGACUGCAGGCGCCAUUAUUACAAUAUUUCUUCUAUCUAUAUUUGUUCUCCUGGCUUUGAUCGGAAGCUCCAUUACUUCAUUUGAAUAUUUUAUUGGCGCAGAAACUACAUCUCAAGAUGAUAAGGUAGAAGUGAUCUCAGGGAAGAAAAUAGCGUCGCCUGACUGGUUAGAAAAAAUUAAACCAUUUUUCAACUGUUUUUGUAUUUUCACCAAUGGUGAAAAGAUACUGGAUACCUCCGGAGCUGAAGGUCAGCUUCCUUGCCUUCACGGCUUUCGUUUCUUGAGUAUGUCUUGGGUCAUUCUGUGCCAUGGCUAUGGCGUUGCGGCUUCUUUCUCAAAUAAUGGCCUUCAAGCUGUCAGCAUUAUUGAUCAUUGGACAUUUCAAGUAGUACUCAACGGUUACUAUUCUGUCGAUGCCUUUUUUGUGCUUAGCGGUUUCUUAGUUGCCUACGUAUAUUUCAAACAAGCUGAUAAAACUGAUGGUAAAAUCCCAUGGGUUUAUUUCUACGUUCAUCGUUAUAUAAGACUGACUCCAGUGUAUAUGUUGGUAAUGGCAUUCUUCGCAGCCGUCAGCCCAUAUUUGGGCUCUGGUCCCAUGUGGCCUGAUUACACCGUUGUUAAAGCUUGCAAAGAUAACUGGUGGUGGAAUGUGCUUUAUAUCAACAAUUUCUUAUCCAUGAAUACAGAGGAGUGUAUGAACUGGGGUUGGUACUUGGCUAAUGAUAUGCAAUUUUAUGUCAUCUGUCCUUUGUUUCUAAUUACUUUGUGGAGAUGGCCAAAAAUUGGAUAUUCGAUAUUAGGAGCAUUCUUUUGCAUGACAUUUAUUGCAAAUUUUGCUAUUACGUAUGUAAACGAAUUAGUCGUAACUUCCGGCAAUAUUUUGGGACAGCCCGAACAGCAGAAGUAUAAUAAACAAAUGGAUAAUUUCUUUGACAUGAUUUAUAUUAAACCUUAUACAAGAAUAGGAUCGUAUUUGGUUGGACUCGGGUUGGCGUACUAUUUGUACAAGAGAAAACAGAAUGAUUCGGGAAAGCUGAAUUUGAAAACUGUAUCAAUUGGCUGGAUAGUUGCAUCGACCAUAGCACUGACUUGCCAGUUUGGUCUUUACCAUAAGCCAGUUUUAUCACUCGUGGCAGCCUGUUUCUAUAAUGCUCUGAGUCGAAUAGCCUAUUCUCUAGCAUUAGCGUGGGUUAUUUUUAUAUGUGUCACAGGACAAGGAGGUUUUGUGAAUGCUUUUCUUUCCUGGAAAGCAUGGAUUCCUCUGAGCCGCCUUACGUAUUGUGCUUAUCUUGUUCAUGCUCUCGUUCAGACCUCUUAUGCUUUUUCAUUGAGGACAAUGUUAACUUUUAGUCACGUUAAUGUGGUCAUGAUGUUCCUUGGCUUUCUUGUCGUUACCUAUGUGGCCGCUUUGAUGACAUCUUUGUUGUUUGAAUCGCCUGUGAUAAGAUUAGAAAGACUCAUAAGAAAUAAAUUUGCAUCAUGAGAAAAAUAUUAAAUAUCAACUUUGUAAAAACGAACAAAUGAACGUUUCGUUUUUAUAA